CUUAAACUACAACAACAACAACAAAAGCAGAGCAGGUGGAAUCCUCUUGGGAACACACCUUCCUGUAGGUAAUCCCUGAGUCUCCAUCAGUUUCUCUUUCCCUCCAGCUGCUCACCUGGCUCACUGGCCCUGCCCUGCUCUGGGCUUUCCCAGCCUGGGGCUCCCCUGGUGGCCGGUGUCUUACCUGAGGUGGUGUUUUCACUUUUCCCACAUCAGCUGGGACUGCCCUUCUGUCAGGGAUAAAAGCCACCCCAUGGAGCUCAGGCAGGAGUUACAUCUCAGACAGAGCUCAAAACUGACAGAAAGAGUCGAGGCCAGGACACAGUCUGAGAUCCAGAAGAGGGGACAGAAAAGAACAGAGACUCCAAACAAGACCCAAACGGACCCCGGGUGAUAGCCUCAGAGUGUUUCUUCUGCUGACAAAGACCAGAGAUCAGGAAUGAAACUAGACAUGACCGGGAGCUGCAUGCCAGUGCUGGUGCUGAUGGCCGCAGUGCUGACCGUGACUGGAGCAGUUCCUGUCGCCAGGCUCCACGGGGCUCUCCCGGAUGCAAGGGGCUGCCACAUAGCCCAGUUCAAGUCCCUGUCUCCACAGGAGCUGCAGGCCUUUAAGAGGGCCAAAGAUGCCUUAGAAGAGUCGCUUCUGCUGAAGGACUGCAAGUGCC